UCUAUCUUAGUAGUCCGCUUAUCAGUAUAUAUAGAUCAGUGCAAAAAAUUCUACAUCGCCUUGUAUUUUGUAUACAUAUAUGCUGAUAAUGUGGACCCACAUGCUUCGUGACAAUAAAUCUGUACUGCUGGUUUUGUGCUGGUUCGCGUUGAUUUUUGCGGUAAAUGCUGGAAGGAUAAGUUCACGUCAAGAAAAUGUCAUGUCAAUUGCCGCAAAAAACGUCAGCGCAGUCUCAGAUCCGCCAAUUUCUACAGAUUUGCCUCCAACCGAUCAAAACCUAACAUCAAAUGCGACCGAUCAGCAAACGCAAGCAGUUUCGGACGUUACGACAACACCAUCUACAGUUCCCACCACCACAAUACCGAAACCAACUAUGUCCAUAGAAGCAGCCAGGGAUGAGCUUCAGAUAGACCCCUGUCCAGCUCUUUCGGCUUUGCCAAUAAUCGACAACUUAACGCAGGAUGAAUUCAUCUCAAAAUUGACAGAUGGGUGUCGAUAUGACAGGCUCAUCAAACCUCCCACGGAUGGACCUUUGAACGUAUUGAUUCAGAUUGACAUGAAACAUAUUGAGUCGGCUGAUCAUUUGCAGUUCAAGUCUCAUAUACUGGUGCAUCUGUACUACAGAGACAGCAGGCUGAACUACUCCAAAAUCUCUCCCGAACGGGGUGAAAUUCUGGGAGAGGAAAGUCUAAGGAACAAAAUCUGGGUGCCCCAUAUCAUCAUCAGCAAUGAGAGAGACUCGGCUCUGAUGGGCCUAGAUGGGAAAGACGUGAUUGUGCAGAUCAAACCAAGCGGCGAAGUCAAAUAUUCUUACAGAAUGACCACCACCUUCUACUGCUGGAUGAAUUUGCAGAAGUUCCCCUUCGAUUGUCAGAUUUGUAGCAUCCAAUGGGUCAGCUGGGCAUACAACCUUACAAGUUUGGAAUUGAACUGGGUAAAUCUACAGCCAUAUCAUGUAGCGUCAAAUUUACAUCUCACAGAAUUUAUUUUAGAGGAUAUGUGGUCCAAAAAGAACGUGGUGCCUACGUCUUAUUCCUUAGGAGGAAUAUCUGAAAACUCUAGCGCUGUAGAAUUUACCUUCAGACUGAGAAGAGAAGUAGGUUACUACAUCAUGGAUUACUUUUUACCUUCCAUGCUCCUGGUCGGCAUAUCUUGGGUCACAUUUUGGCUUCAAGCCGACGCUGCUGCUCCUAGAAUAACCCUAGGCACAGCAACCAUGUUGGCUUUCGUAACUCUGAACGGUGGACUAAGCAAAAACCUUCCAAAGGUGUCCUAUAUCAAGGCCAGCGAGAUUUGGUUUUUGGGAUGCGCUACCUUCAUCUUUCUCUCCAUAGCGGAAUUUGCUUUCGUCAAUGUGAUCUGGAGGAGAAAGAAGAAGGUGGAAUUGAAAAAGCAGAACAGCAAGCACAUCCUAAAAGGAGCCAUAACACCUAGCUUGGCAAGAAAGCAAUUGAGGAAAGUGGAGUCUGUGAACAGUCUCUAUAAGACCAGAUCGUGUUCAAGCUUAGAUGGAGAAAACGCCAAGAAGAAUUUGCAGGCCAACUAUCUUACAGUACAUAGCUUUCCGACGAAUCUGAGCGUGCCCAUAAUAACCACCCAGAGCCAGGAUGACCUCAUAAGUAGCGAGGAGAGUGUUACGACGAUCCCUAUUCCAGACAACGCAUCAAGGCCCCCCACUCCCCCCGCCUGGACGACGAUGACACCUCAGGAAGUGGCCAACUGGAUAGAUAAGAAGUCCAGGGUGGUGUUUCCUUGUGCCUUCCUCAUUUUCAACAUUUUCUAUUGGUCUUUCGUUUAUGCGUUGUAAUAUUGGUAAAUCGACCAGUGGUAUUAACAAUAGAAGCUGUUGGCAUAUGCAUAUUUUUAAUUGAUAAAAAAACAAAGAAUCUCAGUUCACCUUUACACUAUCCAACUAAGGAAAUCGAAUGUUCUGCCGCGAAGAACAAUUUGAGGACGAAACAAACAAAUAGGAACACCCAAGACAUUGUGUUAUCUUAUUACUAGAUAAUGUCAGCAACAAAACAGAUAAUAAUCGAUGUUUUACCUACCGGUUAAGCAAAGAAAUGAUUUUGUGUUAUCAAAUGCAUUCGAACGCUUGUAUGCAUUAUUUUGUGACCCUAGUGGAAUUAUCUAACCUCACUUAAUUCACUAAACAUUACUUCGUGUGCCUUUAGAAAGGCUAAAGUCCAUACCACAUUCUCAACAGUGCCAUUUAUUCUUCUUCAACUGACAAUACUUUGUCUAACAUCUGACGUUAGUCAAAAUAACUCAACAUUUGUAUGUAUUAUUAACACUACCUAUUGGUACUACAUUCCUUUAUGUUUCUCAUUUUAUUGUGAAUGUCUUUUGUAUAUUUUUUUUCUUAAUUUAUCUUUAACUUAUUGCUAGACUUUUUGUACAUAUUUUUUUAUUUCUUUUGUAGGACCUAGAAUAAGAUUUAAGAAAAUCUGUAGUUUGUAAGGCAAGUAGAUAUUAUUAUAUUAUUUCAAGCUUCUGACCGAUUUUAGAAUAGCGAUGUCUAAAAAAGAAAAUUGUUUAUAUUUAACGAUAUAUUUAUUUCAGUUAUAAAAAAAUAAAACAUAAUACAUUUGAAAAUGCAAGAAAUACUAGUACAAUGUUUUAAAUUUGUAGGUAGUACGUAUAUCAAUAAUGUAUUGAUUUUAGUUUAGUAAUGUGUAA